AUGGCCAGCCAUUUCAACAAACAGAUACACCUCUCCAAGGGUCUGAAACUACUCAGCCUCGAUGGUGGUGGUGUGAAAGGGAUAUCCAGCCUCGUUAUUCUGGAUGCGAUCAUGAACAAGUUGCGUGACCACCACAAACUCAAAGAUACUCCUCGCCAUUAUGACUGCUUCGACCUAGCAGGAGGCACCAGCACCGGUGGCCUCAUAGCCUUGCUGCUGUUUCGCCUUCAAAUGACUACCAGCGAUGCGAUCGACAAAUUCAGGGAGAUAGCCAAGAAUCUCUUCAGUCCCAGAGUGUUUGGCAUGAAUCUUCAUGAUGAUUUCGGGACUCUGGGGCUAUGGCUCGGGAAUGCCUAUGUACAUUGGGCAACGUUGAUAGGCUCUUCGAGAUUUUCGGCUGAACCACUCCAAAGGGCUAUUGAUGAUGUCCUGAAGGAGAAAUCUCCACAUGAAGAAGACAAGAGCCUAGGCGGGGAGAGUAGCCUUCUCAGGGACGAAGAAUAUGGCGCGGGAAAAAUGUUCAUGUGUGGUACCAGGAUCGAUCGAAGGGAAUCCGUCCUUUUUCGAUCUUACACAGCCCCAAAGGAUGCCGGUUCUUCUGAGUUUGAGAAUAUCGAUAUCGGUUCUGCUGCCUGCGCAACAUCGGCGGCACCAACCCUUUUGCCUUCAGUCAGCGUCCUUGACGUCGACUUUUGGGAUGGUGGUAUGCUCAACAAUAACCCCAUCAACCAAGUAUGGGGCGCACGAUACGACUUGGGGACCCCUCCCCGAUCCGUCGAACAGACUACCGAUGACAUUGCGGAAGAGCCAGUGGUAUCGUCAGUGGUGAGCAUUGGGACCGGCCGCAACAUAGGAAGAGUCGUGCUCCCAGAAGGGCUCGUCAAUACUAUAUUUGCAUCACUAGCCUUUGUCACGAACACAAAUGCGAAGCACGAAGACUUCCGUCGCGACCUAGAGAGACAAAAUCUCAGGAAGCCGAAAGGAAUGCUGACCAAGUAUUUCAGAUUCGAUGCCGUCAAGGGGGAAUCUUUCAAUAUUGACGACUGGCAGAGGAUAAAGGAUAUAAAAGAAGAGACAGAGAACUGGCUUCGCACAGACGAAGCGCAGAAUUUAUUUGAGGAAUGUGUCGAGGCGCUUUCUGGAUGA